CAGCUCACACAACUCACUGGAGACACCUACCGAUAUCUUCCCUCCAGUACCAUCAGUUUCCCCCCGGGCAUAUCUCACCAUAUCGAUAAUUCAAUAACGAGAUAUGUCCAACCCCGUCCAACAAGUCUCCUCGGAACACGAGGACGGUCUCAAACAGACUUACCGAUCAGAGCCUUACCAAGCUACCGGGGCGGCCUUGAUGAGCUUCGGACCGCUGCAAGGGAUCAGACAGCAUCUAUGCGCUUUCCAUUGCUAUGCCGACGAACCGACCCGUCAUGUAAAAGCGCACCACCUCUGCUCACACCUGCACCUCACCCCGGAUACGAAAAAGGAGAUCAAUAUGCACCAGUGUAUCAUCUAUGAUUCGAACGGACCCGGAGCGAGGUUGAUCGGGAUCGAGUAUGUCGUUCCGGCCGAGGUCUUCAAGGCGCUUCCCGAGGAAGAGAAGAAAUAUUGGCAUUCCCACAAGUAUGAGGUGGAAUCCGGUUUAUUGAUGUUGCUCGGGAAAGCUUUGGUUCCUAACAUGGUUAUGGAUCAAGCAGAGAUUCCGGCCAUGACCGAGUUGCACGAUACGUAUGGCAAGACGGUUCAUACCUGGCAAUACGACAAGUACCCGGAUUUUCCCAUGGGUCCGCCACAGUUGAUGAUGUCGUACACCAACGACGGGCAGGUCCCACAAGACAUGGUCAAGGAGCGGGACGAGAUGUACGGCGUCGAUACCGCCCACGCCCGAGCACAUCGAGCGACCUAUUUGCCGAAGCAACAGUUGGAGAAUCCGACUUUACCCGGAGCGGAUCAGUGGACGCAGGGGAAAGGGUGGCAGUUCGAGGUGGCUGAUAGUGGGUUGAAGGGAAUGGGCAAGGCCCAGGGUGAGGAGGGCGAGAAGGAGUGAGACGAGUUUCAAGUUUCGAUUGAUAGGUAUGCGACCGCUGUACCAGUUAAGGUUUGACCAUUUAGAUAUAAACUUAGUUUCUCAUAUAGAGAGAACGCCGCCCUACUUGUGGUG